UUUGUUUAUUUCCGUCUCUUCCUGGUGAAGCCAGUGUUUUAUCCUCAGCUGAACGCUGCGCGGAGCUGCGACUCAUCCAACAUGGCGGGCCAGGAAGACCCAGUGCAGCGAGAGAUCCACCAGGACUGGGCCAAUCGAGAGUAUAUAGAAGUGAUUACGAGCAGCAUUAAGAAAAUCGCCGACUUCUUAAAUUCAUUCGAUAUGUCGUGUCGAUCUCGUCUGGCCACUCUCAAUGAGAAGCUGACGGCGCUGGAAAGGAGGAUUGAAUAUAUUGAGGCCAGAGUGACAAAAGGGGAGACCUUGACCUAGGACUCAUCAUAAGAAACCCAUAGAAGCCUCCAGUGACCCUUCCACCUCCCACCUCCCACCUCAACGUUUUGGAAUACAUGUGAUGGACUCCACCCUCCGCUUUUUGGGACCAUGUGGACCAUUUUUAUAUGAUAUGACCUAGUUUUGUUUUAUCUCAUGACACAUUUGUAUAGAAGAUGUAUGUUGGAAUCAUUAAUAUUAUUAAACUAAAUCCCAAAGGCAUCUGAUGAAAAAAGAAAAAAAAUCCUGCAAACUAAUUAAGAAUCUUGUUGACCUUUUGUGUUGCAUACAUUGUCAUUACUGAAACAGAGGUUUAUUAAAAAGGGGGGGAAACAUUCUUGUGUGCCAAGUUGAACAACAUAUUGUGUCGUCGCCUUUGUUGAGGACCUGCUUGUACAGUGAACUGUUUGGUGAUGUUUCAGGAUUUAAAUACUGUAAUAAAUGAUUAACAGCGGCUCUGAGUGAAUGCUGUUUGACACAA